AUGAUAAUGAAAAGAAAUUUAUUAGAAAGUGUCACAAUUAUAUCUUCUUGUUCAACAUUACUCUGCGUGUUAUUCAAUUAUGCCACUAAUAUAACACCACUAACCGGUUAUUGGUUUGUUGCGUAUACUAUCUUUUUAUUUGUUGCAUCUAUUAUAUCUAGUGUUAAAAUAAUUCAAUGGUUAUUACAUCUAAAUAAACCAUUGAAAUACGAUUUGGAGUCUAUCAUUGAAAAAUAUCCUUACUCAGCCUUCUUAGUCAAAGUUCUGCCCUUAAUUUCGAAGAAAUCUAAAACUCUUCCCGAUUGCAAGGAGUAUGAUACCAAUGAGUUAAGUGUAAUAACAUCAGUUUUAGAAAGAAAACUAGUAUCAUCAUGGUAUAUUCAUUACAUAUCACAAGAAAUAAGUUUCCCAUUUGCUUGUAAACAGAUGUUGGAUCAGAUGAUCAGCAAAGCAUUUCAGAUUAGCAAUAAAAUAGAAACUAAAGAUGUCUAUGUUGAUGUAUGUGCAAUCCUAAUAAGUCACUUAAAGGAAUAUAAAAAUGCAUUAAAAAGACAUGAAAAGUCCUCUGAAAAAUCAGUAGAAUCACUAUAUAAGAAAGUUCAUCGAAUAUCUGAUCUUAAAAAUAAAAAGACUGCUGUAGCCGAUCACUGUGUAAAUAUUUUGAGACUUGUUUUGAAAGAGCUUGUUUCUUGGGAGUUGUGGGAUACACCUCAUUCAGAACUCAUUAUAAGAAUCCUUGCUAAGAAACUGGAUACUUAUGUAGACUGCACAAUUUCCAAUCCUGUCUGGUUAAAUGAUAAAAUAUUGUCAAUAUUAACUUCGCAAAAAGAUGUACCUGAAAAGAAAACAAUUCCAAAUCCAAAGAUAGAAAAAAAAGAUUUGUCUAGUGUGCAAGAAGAUGAAAUAGUUUUUCAAACAACUCAUCAACCUGAAAUUAAAGACAUUUCAAAUAGUCUAUCUAAUAGUAAGGAAGACAUAAAAGCUACUGAAGAAAAUGAUAAAUGUAUUGAAGCUAAAGAAAUUUUAACAACUACAGAGCCAGUGGAAAUAAAAUCUGUGUUACGUCAGCGUAGAGGGAGGCAAGGAACGAAUGAAGUAAAAAUAUAUGAUAGAGUCAUCGAGGGCAGUGUAAAGACAUGGGAGACAGAUAUGGAUCUCCAGUGCAUCAGCAUGGGUCAGGACCUUCUAGCAAGCCUGGAUGAGCUGACCCUCAGCAGACUGUGGGGCCACGAAGAGUUAGAGACUAGUCCAAUUAUGAGAGGCACCUCUCCUCAACCAUUGUGGUUUGGUGAAGAAGAUGCCAUUGACCUAGACCCAGAGCCAGCUAAAGAGACGAAAAGCAGUCCAAAAGCGGCUGAUGCCUUGUUAAAGGACAUUCAGAGCACAGUGAACCAGGCUAAGACCAAGAUCGGAGACCUGCAGGUCCCGUUGCACGUAGACAAGCCUCCUGGUGUAUGUUGCACGUACUAUCUUGCUUCUGCUAGCUUAGGAAGUAUACAAGACGAAGCUGCUGGAAUGAUGGAAGGUCUGUUGGACAAAGGCAUCGCGGGGAUUAAAAAAGGACUGAGAUUUACAGGACUCAGUGAUGACUCGCAGGAGAAGUCACCAUCUCACCAGCGAGAGAAGUUGUCACCGACAGAAAGACGGGGCAAGCAGGAAAUGGUGACAGAACACAGGGAUAUUAAGGAGUACGCCCCUAAAGAUGGCAAUUCUGCUGUUCCUCAACUUGUGAAGCAGCAAAGGGUUACAUCUCAAGACAGCUCGUCUCAAGCCCGUCCCCCUGCUGAGGCCGGCGUGGCUAUUUCGGAGUCUCCGGAGCCGCAGUACGAAGAAGUUGCCGAUCUCUCGCACUCCAUUGCCAAACUGCGCUCUCUGCUCAACGAAGCUGCGCCCAGAAACGAGGAGAUUUGGUGGGAGACAGCAGAAGAGACUCGAGGACGGACUCAGACGCAUCACUCCGAGCGACACGUGGACACUGCCACUCUCGCCGACGAAUACGACAUGAAUCUAGAAAGAAACGCGUCCCCGAGUCAAACCCCCAACAACAUGCAGAGGCUGGACAGAUUAUUCCAACGAACAGUGACGGGCGUGUUCAACUCGAUAAAAACAGCCGUGGGAGCCGACGGAGAAGGAGAAGUGCAUCACCAGUGGAACUACGUCACCACCAACGUCGACACCAGCGUGGCCAACGCUGUGUCCCGUCUGGUGGGAUCUCGUCGGGCUUUGGCUCACGUAGACGCGGCGCUGGACUCGCUGCAACAACUGCCGUCGCAGGCGCAUCCAGAAGAUGACCUCGAGGAGUGGACGUGGUCAAGCGGGGUUUGGUGCGCGGCGUGCGAAGUGCUCUGCGAGUUGGGGCUCCUCGAAGACCACGUCUCCUUCCGCCUCGCCACGCUUCUGCUGGCCGACGUAGCGGAGACAUUGAUUUGUUCGCGGUUAGAAGAACUGACUGCGUGGAUGAGGCAACAAUUGUUCGACGUGUUUGAAAGAAUGUCCGAGUUGGAAACUGAACCCCAAACCCCCGAGACGUUGAGGAAGUUCGAUGUCGAUGAAACGUGCCGAAUUAUUUUGGAAAAAAUGCCAGAAACGUACAUAUUCGGCGAAGAGAAGUUGAGUCGGGCCGUUCGUCUCCUGGUCAUGAGCUUCAGCCACGAGAGCAUCAACAGAGACGUCGUGUAUCGCACCAUCGACAUAUUCGCACAGCAUUUUAUCAGUUCAGCCGCAUUCAAGAACAUUUCCUUCGAUUCUAGUUAA